AUGCAUUCAACCAGUGUUCUUCUACUGCUCGUCGUCAUUGUGGUGGACAUGUGUGGAUGUUAUUUGCAACCUUGCACCACGUAUGACUGUCAGCCAACUAUAGACGAAGUGUUGCGAAUGGAGUAUAAACCAAAACGCAAUUAUGAUUUCGUGCGAUUUGGAAGAUCAGGACCGGCAAAAAAGGCAUCUUACGACUACAUACGAUUCGGGAAGCGAAGCAGCGAUCGAAUGGAUCUGGACAGCUUGCGAUCGUCAGCACUCGAGCAAUGA